GUUCUCUAUCUUUUAAUAAUAUAAUUUCCAAAAUUUCUUAAAAAAUGAAACUCAGUCAUACCCUCAGUAUCCUCGCCCUCCUUGUAGCGUCAGCUGUCGCCGUGGCUGUUCCUCAAGACAAAUCAUGCACACAAUGUCUCACUGAGGAUACUUUCUGCUCUGGAUUCGCCGGUCCUGUUGGGACAUGUUGCGAUGGAUUAGUUUGUGAAAACGCACCAGGGGUGGCAGAUAAUGCACACUGCAUUCGAAAAAAGAAGUGUUUGGUAAAAGGUGCUACUUGUGUGAGCAUCGCCGGUCCUCAGGGUACAUGUUGUUCUGGAAAGUGUACCUUUGUGGCAGCAGACUAUAGCGUUUGCAAGUGAGAAUAUCAUGGCAGGCUUACA